UCCAGUGAAAUAACGGAUCCGUCUCAUCUGGUUUCAGACGGAAUAACGGAUCCGGUAUUUACAUUUUCAAACAUCAAAGGAACUAAUUUCACAUGCAAAUUGUACAGUGGCUAUAAAAAACAAACGAAGGUCAUAUACCGCUCAGAUGCUGCCCCACUAAUACUUGUUUCCCACGGGAGAAUAUGUCUUCCAGCCAGAUAGCGCCGUCGCUAUUGGGUGCAUCCAAUUACUUCUGCCAGAAUGAGAAAGGGAGCAUUUGAAGUUCUGUUUCCCGAACUGCGGAAUUAUCCGGACAAGCGUCGACAGUUUUGACCAUCUGCUACAUCGAAAGACAGGACAGCACUUUCCGUCUAAGUGUUUCACCUGCAGAAUGCUUAAUGCUUACCAUAAGAUUCUGAAAAUGUUUUAUAACAUUAGAAGAUGCUUGUAUUCAGGGGUUAUGACCACCCUGCAAUUCAGAUGCGGUGGACGCACUUGCAUGCUAUAGGAAAAUGUGUUUUUCUGUAGGAUGGGACCACAGAACUGUACAAUGUACAGUAUAAGAGGCAACCUUGUCACGAAUGGCCCCAUCACGUUUUGAAAUAGAAGAUGAAAGCCUUAUAACAGCAAAGAUGUCAGAUAUGCUGAUAGAGGCCAGAAAAAUAAAUGCUGGACUGAAGUGUGUGAAAUACUGUAUGAGAAUUGGGAGACCCUAAGUUGCAGCCAAAAAACAAUAAAAUUGAAGAAGAGGCCCAAACAAGAUGGCGUUCACUGAAGGACUGCUACAGGAGAGUACUGAGAAAUGUUCACAAGUGUUUAAGAAGUGGCAGCUCCCCUUCUAAAAGAAAGCAAGUACUAUGGAAAAUCUGAAUCCAACCACAUCAACACAGCAAGAAUAUGACAAUGCAGAUGCCCCACAGGAAACAUCAGCAGAGUGUGGUCAAGGCACAUCAGCAGAAGCCACAACGAUCACUACCACAUGGUGUACAAGUUGAUGAAAUAAAGAAUAGAUGGUGGAGUUGCCGGGACCAAUUUCGAAAGGAAAUGGCCCUUCACGGCCGCAGUGGUUCAGGGCCACUGAAGAAAAGGCUCUACAUUUAUAUAGAACAGCUCAUGUUCCUACGAGACAUAAUGGACGUGCGCCCGACAGAAGACAACCUGGAGAAAGAAACAGAGCAGGCUGCCCAACAGCAUUCUUCUGCUGCUGAGGAAGAGAAUCCCCCUUCCCUGGACACAGAGGAGAUGGCUGAAGCCAGACCAUCCACCAGCUCCACGCCCCACAUCCCUCCUGCAGAGUCUGCACCUUCACUUCAGCUGGGGGCACGUCGGAAACUGUCAAUGCCCAAAGCUGAAGUGGAGGUCAAUACUCGGGUACUGGACUAUUUGUCCAGAGUCCGGCAGGAGGACCAUUAUGAAUUGUAUGGGCGCAGUCUUGGAACACUUUUUAAAAAAGUUCCAGAGGAUCUUUAUCUGCAGACCCAAGGCGCCAUUGGGAUCAUUAUUCAGGCAGCCACUCCGCCGAAAGAUCCUACAGAAUUGUUUAUAGCGCUGGAAAAUUGGCGCUUAUAUGGGAACAUCUAUGGGCCACCACCUAGGCCUCCUUCGCAGUUUCCUAACAGGGCUCCCCAUUAUCCUCCUCCUCCUCGGCAACCAUUCCCCCCUCCACCCCAACAAUAUGGCCACCUAUACAGUGCAGAGGCAACAUAUCCUCCACCUGCUCCCUCUGCAGCUCAGGCUGCUCCACCACAGCACUUUGCCCCCUCUUCUCACACCCUCACGUUACUACAACUUAUAAAAAUUAUAACAAUGCACUGGAAGGUUUACCAGGUGCUUGAUGAAGAGUCAUCUCUUAUUUUUAUGAAAAAGGAGGAUGAAAUGUCUGCUAAUGUCAUUCCAAGUUUUGCAGUAGAGGCAUGUUCAUCAGAAAAUGCAGAUAAUUUCUCCAACCUGGAAGAAUCUAUACAGGAGCAAGAUUACCUUAUACAACAUAUCAAAAACUUACCCACUAUAGAAAAUAUCCAAGGACUUUUCAAGGACUGGUUCACACCAUUAAAAAGUGAUCUAUCCGAGAUCAAGACAGAUCUCAAACAUUUGAAUGAUAGAAUAGACUCCAUUGAGGUCGCACAGCAAACUGAAAUUUUCAAUCUCCAAAUGCAUAUAGACGACCUGGAGAAUCGCUCUAGGCGAAACAAUUUACGUAUUAAGGGCAUGCCAGAAUCAGUGGAUGAUAAAGAUGUGCCAAAAGCCCUUACUUCAAUUUUUCUGGAACUUUUAGGAAAAGAGGAUGAUUUUGACAUAGGCCUGGAGAGGGCACAUAGUGUAUAUCGGCUGAAAUCAGUCUCAGCAGACUCUCCAAGAGACAUUCUCUGA